UCGUUUGCAAAAAUGGCAAACGAUUCCAAGGAAUUGAAACAGUGGGAACCGGUUCUCAACAAGAACCGGGUUUCGAUACCCAUCCCUAGCUCAGAGGCAGCUAAGUGUAACUGUAUUCAGAGUUACUGAAGCAGGAGACAGCGUUGUCUGUAUUUUCAGCUGUGUAUUAAUACACAUGUGUUGCCCCGGUGAAUAUUCGCAUUUGCACAACAGAGAAGAGGAAUAAGAUGAGUCUGAUUUUUUUGGACAUACAAAACACUUGCUAUUAAGAGUUGUUCAUCUUUUUAUUUGUGCGUUCAAAAAUAUUUAGAAUCUAACCCGACCUUUAUUUUUAAGACAUGCCAUCAGUCGGUUGGAUAAACUCGUUUUGUUUUACUUUGCACACAUGCACUCUCUCACACAUUGACACACAUGCCAGUGGCAGCUCGGUGACACCACAGUGCUCACUGGGUCAGAAGCAAUAGACGGAGAGUGGUGCUGAGGCAAGAGAUGAACAGAGAAUGAGGAGGAUGAGAGAGGACGCCUUGAGGGGAAGAGGGAGGAAGGAGUGGGAGAAACAUAUCUUUGGGUGGAUGGCAUUGCCAUCUAAUUGUUGCUAUUUGUUUGCCAUCAUCAGUAGGCUCAGAUAUUUGUUUAUUGUGCUCGUCUACUCCUCUUUCUGCUCCUCUCUUCCCUUCUUUCUCUAGCCAUCAAUCCCUUUUAUCCCCCCUCCAUCCCUGCUGCUGUCAAGACAGCCCAAGCAAAUGGCUCCUCUCUCCCCCACUUCCCAGCUUCUCUUCCUCCUCUCCUGCUCCUCGCGGUCCCUCACUCUCUGUCUUCCUCAAUAAAGCCCCUUACAUUAUGUGGCAAGUGAGCACACAGUCCCAUACAAUACCUCCUGAGGCACCAUGGGAGAGAUUUCUAUAUAAAGACGGAUAAAGCGAAGGGCUGGGCUGCAGAUCGGGCGAGAGUCAGGGAGGUCACAUACACACAAUAGCAGUCUGAGAUGGAUGAGGGGAAGAAAGAGCAGUAACUGAGUAACAGGACAAGGUUAGGUUCAGUAGGCGAGGAUUUCAAGAUGCAGACACCAGCAGUGUUGGAGGCGGGGGAUGUAUUGCAGGUGCUGGAGGUUUGUGAGGCUCCGGAGGAAAUUAAAGAAGUUAUUGUCACCACAUUAGAAGAAGGUUCUAAUACUAACUCGACUCCAGUGACCAGCUGUGGAGCAGGAACUAAACCAAGCCAGGAUGACAACUGGGGUGAGACCACCACAGCCAUCACGGGCACCUCGGAGCACAGCCUCUCUCAGGAGGACAUCGUUCGCAUCACAAAGGAUCUGGAGGACAGUGUGGGGCUCGACUGCCGCCGUUACUUCACCCGGACCCUGGCAAUAAUCUUAGGCCUGCUGGUGUUUCUCACGCCACUGGCCUUUCUGGUGCUACCCCAUAUCCUCUGGCCAGACAAGCUGCAGAGCUGUGGGACGGCCUGCGAGGGCCUCUUCAUCUCUGUGGCCUUCAAACUGCUCAUACUGCUGCUGGCUGUCUGGGCGCUCUUCUUCAGGCCAGCGCGGGCAGGACUCCCAAGGGUCUAUGUAUUCCGGGCACUACUUGCUGUACUGGUUCUGCUCUUUGUGAUCUCCUAUUGGCUCUUCUAUGGAGUCAGGAUACUCGACUCACAGGACGAGAACUACCAGGGUAUCGUGCAGUACGCCGUGUCGCUUGUGGACGCUCUCCUCUUCAUCCACUACCUGGCCAUCGUCCUGCUGGAACUGCGGCAGCUUCAGCCGUGCUACUCCAUGUGCGUCACACGCUCCACAGAUGGCGAGACAAGGCACUACAACCUGGGACAGCUCAG